CAUCGCCCAGACUCUCGGCUCUUAUCUAUUCUCUGCGACCCUGCGACGCCCGCCCACUCGCCCACGACCAAACAUCGCGACAGAGCGAUCCCUUCCUAACAGUUACUCUUCUCUCUUUCUUGGGGAUCCUCUUGUCUUUCUUUUUUCGCUUCCGAAGUCUCCCGCUUCGGGCCCCCCACCGACUCGUUCAACUGUUUCCUCCGAUCCGAGCUCGAUUCCCUGCUGAACCCGGAUAUGCCCUUGGGUCUUCAACAACAAGAUUCUGACCUCGUCUUCGCUCAAUCGACGACGGCGAACGACGGAUCGACGACUGCGGCGAGCGAUUUUGCGCCAUCCCCCGAGCAUCGUCAUGCUGCUUGGACGGGUCGUCGCUCGGAAAGUAGUAGAAGCAAGACCAGUGACCAGAACAUGACCGCACAAGAUGUCGAGGCCGAGGGGCGACCGCCGUAUCUUCAUGCCAUGAUCGCAGGUGGUAUUGGAGGAUCUACGGGCGAUCUACUCAUGCACUCACUCGACACUGUCAAGACGAGACAACAGGGCGAUCCCCACGUUCCUUCAAGAUACACAUCGCUAGGACAGUCUUACUACACGAUAUGGAGACAGGAGGGUAUAAGACGAGGUCUCUACGGUGGAUGGAUUCCUGCGCUUGGAGGCUCAUUUCCAGGAACUGUGAUGUUCUUCGGCACAUAUGAAUGGAGCAAGCGGUUCUUGAUAGAUCACGGCGUGCAGCAGCAUAUUUCAUAUCUCACAGUUUCCUUGGAGAUCUCGCAGCAUCCAUUGUCUACGUCCCCUCAGAAGUUCUCAAGACACGCCUCCAGCUUCAAGGCCGUUACAACAACCCCCAUUUCACCUCAGGCUACAACUACCGCGGUACUAUCGAUGCUGCUCGAACCAUUGUGCGCGCAGAAGGCGCCUCCGCCUUAUUCUACGGCUACAAGGCCACUCUCUACCGUGAUCUACCCUUCUCAGCUCUGCAGUUCAUGUUCUGGGAACAAUUCACCACUUGGGCUCGCAAAUACAAGCAGAGCCGCGAUAUCGGAGUUUCCCUGGAGCUUCUUACCGGUGCUGCAGCUGGUGGUCUUGCCGGUGUUAUCACCUGUCCCCUCGACGUUGUCAAGACACGACUUCAGACUCAAGUCAACACACCAACAGAGUCCCGACACCCAAAAGACCAUCAUACCAACUCACAAGUUCGGCAUAUUUCUACCUCUUCUCCCAGCACACAUCGACCACGACCUGGCGCCAUCGCUCUCGACACCUCCUCCGUCUUCACAGGCCUACGGGUCAUCUACCGCACAGAAGGCGUUGCAGGAUGGUUCCGUGGUGUCGGACCCCGAGGAGUAUGGACAUUCAUCCAGAGUGGCUGCAUGCUGUUCUUGUACCAGCGACUCCUUCGACAGCUUGAGGUUCUGAUGCCCGUCGAACGAGAAGAAAUGUAAAAAUCUCCACACAAACACAUACACAUACACCUUGUUCUCACCUUGUCGUUAACUACCUUACUUGCUAUGAUUUUAAAAAUAUUUAUUCACGCGCGGUCGCAAGAAAAGUUUCCUCCCCGCUUCACCCCCCACCCUGUAUAACUCACGCAUUAGAGAAGCGGACUCUAUGAGAUGAAAUGCAAUGGAGAUUUAUGUACAGAUAGAAAGAGACGUUUGGGGCUGCGGACGGCCGUCAUUGCUGGGCGUUGGGAAUAGAAGGGAAUGGCUGAUCAGACACAUCAGGACAUGAAUAGAGAUGAGAGCAUGAAGCAUAGAAGCUCUCUAUUGACUUAACACUUAUGACCCCUCAAAUAGGGCAGAUUACUUAACGACUGAUUGAACGGCUCGAGAUAUUUUCCGA